UGACGCCGAGUUGGAUGACGAGGCAGGUCAACAGACCUCAUUAUUGCAACACCCUCACAAACACAAACCACACCAGCGCGCAAGUCACAGCCGUCAACGCGCAUUGCACGAGCAGGUUCUCGUGGUGUUGCCCGCGUGACGCCGACGAGCAUACAGUAUCAAGAUUAUAACUACGCGCUGCUUUUGAGAAGCAACUUGGAACCACGAUCUCAUCACUGCCUAAUAUCGAAAGGCUAUGAAGGAUUGAGCAGAGACUGUGUGCUACCAUGCCUCGCUCACCACUCCCAGUACUCAUCCUUGCGCUGGUCGCAUUCCUCCUCCUCGCCACGCUCAAUGUUCUGCAUCGACUCGGUCCGUCCGUUUUAGAUUUGUGGACCACAGAGGGCUUCCCAAUCAAGCCGAGUGCAGUUCACCACCAACAGGAUGGAGACGAGUACUUGGUGGGUGUCGGCAAGGGGGACAUCACUGGUCCCGUUGUCGAGAUCAACUUCAUGGGUUACGCAGACUCUGCACAAGUGGGCCGUGGCUUGCGACAAAGGCUGUACUCCCGUGCAUUCAUCAUUGGAGAUGUUAAGACACCCGAAGAUCGAUUCGCGUACCUCGUGUUAGACACACAGUCUGGCGAUACUGCCAUUCGACAUGGCAUUCUGGAAGGUCUCCAGGAGCUGGGUGGCGAAUAUGCCGCCUAUGGACAGCACAACGUAGCAGUGACAGGGACGCAUUCGCACAGCGGGCCUGGUGCGUGGCUGAACUACUUGCUGCCACAAAUUACCAGCAAAGGCUUUGAUAAGCCGUCUUAUCAAGCCAUCGUACAAGGCGCAAUUGCGUCGAUCAAGCAGGCACACGAGAGGCUGGCCCCUGGACGUUUGGAAAUCGCUUCAGUCCGGGUAGACGAUGCGAAUACCAACCGAAGUCCCUGGGCAUACUUGCAGAAUCCGAUCGAAGAAAGGAGCCGAUACGAGGACGAUGUCGACAAGCAAAUGACUGCGCUGCGCUUCAGCCACAACACUGACACAGGUACGAAAGAUGUUGGCCUCUUGACCUGGUUCGCAGUCCAUGGCACUAGCAUGCUAGGCAACAAUACACUGGUCACUGGAGACAACAAAGGUGUUGCAGCUGUGCUUUUCGAGAAGUCCACACUCGAUUCAUCUUUCGUUGCUGGCUUCAGUCAGGCUAAUGUUGGCGACACAUCCCCAAAUGUACUUGGCGCAUAUUGCGAAUCUGGAGAGCAAGAAGGACAACAGUGUGACUUCAAGACCAGUCUUUGCGGCAACAAGACACAGCCUUGUCACGGCCGAGGCCCUUACUACGGACGGGAUGACAGUGGUACAGCUUCUGCCUUCGAGAUCGGCAUUCGCCAAUUUCAAGGCGCGAAAAACGUCUUCGAUGAUGCGACUGCUUGGCAGCCAGUGAAUGGCCAGGUAGUGAAAAGCCUGCACCAGUUCGUCGACUUCAGCAACUACAGAUUUCAGCUGCAAAAUGGUACCGAAGUGAAGACCUGCCCGGCUGCAAUGGGCUAUUCUUUCGCCGCUGGUACCUCAGACGGACCAGGUGCUUUCGACUUCAAGCAAGGCCAGCCUGGUGACCCUCACGUGAAUCCACUUUGGGCCGUCGUAGGAAACGCUUUGCACAAGCCCAAUAAGACACAGAAAGCUUGUCAUCGCGAGAAGCCCAUCUUGCUCGACGUAGGAGAAACCGAAACUCCCUACCUCUGGACGCCCAACAUUGUUGACAUACAGCUACUGCGUGUCGGUCAAUUCUUCAUCAUCGUCUCGCCUGGUGAAGCGACUACCAUGGCGGGCCGCAGGUGGCGGGAAGCUGUGCAAGCUUCUGCCAAUUCGGCCUUUUCAGAGUUCAGUGACACCGAACACGAGCCAAUUGUGGUGCUAGGUGGCCCAGCUAACACGUACACGCACUAUAUCACAACACCAGAAGAGUACUCGGUUCAGCGUUACGAGGGUGCUUCGACCCUCUAUGGGCCAUGGACGCUACCAGCAUAUAUCAACUUGACUCUGGACGCCCUCCCACACCUCGGAGCAUCGACCGAUGGUCUACCACAGCUUCCGCCUGGACCUGACCCACCGAUCUUCGUCAACAAAAGCCUGUCUUUCAUCACCCCUGUUGUCGUAGAUCGAGCAGGCAUCUUGAAGGAUUUUGGACAAGUUUUACAAGAUGUCGAACCUGUGUACAGCGCGGGCAAUACCAUCUCAACGAAAUUCGUGGGCGCAAAUCCGAGAAACAACUUUCGCCUCGGUCAGAGUUUCGCUGUCGUUGAGAAGGCGAAUGAGAACACUGCGAGCUGGGAAGAGUUCCGGAAUGACGAGGACUGGAGUCUUGUCUAUGAGUGGAAGCGAACGAGCACAGCCUUGGGAACGAGCGAGGUCACAAUCUCAUGGGAGACGAAAUGGGAGACUGGCCAGUGGCGAGACGAUGGAACCAGCAAAACCGAGCAGGAGAAGAACUCGGAAUAUUUGCGCACAGAGCUGAUGUCACGAGAGGAUCCGCAUCCAGAUCUCCGAGGAAGAUACAGACUACGAUAUUAUGGCGAUGCGAAGGCGCUGGGAGGAAAGAUGACACCCUUUGACGGCACCAGCGGAGAAUUCACGAUUGUAUGACGAGACAACGACAGUGUAUAUCUAACAUACAUUUACAUGUAGCUUGCAUGUAUAGCAACUGCUUGGCCCGCGAAAGAAUGAUAAUGGAAAGCGUAACGAACUUUGUUUGCAAAAACGGCUGCUUGCUUGCCGCCUCUCCAGCAAGCACUGCCGAUCGUGGCACGGCCACA